CCAAGUUCACAAGGCUGGAUUCUACUCCGAAACCUCCAAAUCCUACUUAUCUUCAUCACAGUACCUAUAAUACCAUAAAAGUAUUCUGCUACUUGUCGGGGUAAUAUUUACCGUUCAAUAACAUCAUGUCGGGACUCGAGAAAGCGCUCUUCAACUUGAAGGUACGUCAUUCUACUUAUCCUUCACCAAACAUCGCACAUCGUCACUCGGGCCUGCGCGUCAAUAUAUCUUCAAACUAACUUACCAUCCAGUUCACUGCGAAACAAAUCAACCGACAAGCCAAUAAAGCUGGACAAGCAGAAAAGGCAGAGAAAGAUAAACUCAAGAAGGUAGUUAUACCCGUCCAUCGCAUCCGCUCCCAAACCACAACUCACUAACAUCGCUCUACAGGCAAUCUUACAAGGCCACCCCGACAUCGCGAAGAUCAACGCCGAAAAUGCCAUUCGUAAACAAAAUGAGAAAUUAAAUCUACUGAGGUUAGCAAGUAGAAUCGAUGCCGUGGCUAGUAGAGUACAAACGGCUGUUACCAUGAGACAAGUUACCGGCAGCAUGACGAAUGUAGUGAGAGGAAUGGAUCAAGCUAUGAAAGCUAUGGAUUUGGAGAAAGUUCGUUCUCUUUUCUACAAAUCAUCAUAUUCCAACUCACUCCCUCAUAUAUACAUAUAUGCUAACGAAAUAAAAUCGAUAGAUCUCAGCAGUAAUGGACCGUUUUGAAACACAAUUCGAAGAUUUAGAUGUAGCAACCGGCUACUACGAAAAUGCAACUACCUCCGCAACCGCAGUAGCAACUCCCCAAGAAGACGUGGAUAGGUUGAUGAACCAAGUUGCUGAUGAGGCAGGAAUUGAGUUAAAGCAAGAGAUGAAGAGUCCUGAAGCGGCGGCUCCUGUCAAAUCAAAUCCAACCGAAGUAGAAGAGGAUGGCUUGGGCGAGAGAUUGAGGGCUUUGAGAUCGUAAAACUGUCGGGAUAGAUAUGCUGGAAAGAUGUUUGGGUAUAGGCGUUGAGGUUAAGAACAGAAUGAAGAACGGCGAAUGGGUUUCGUUUUCUUGGUCGGGGAUAUAUUCGUCAAUGGAUUCUUUUAAGCACAUUCAAAUUAGAGUGUUUGCAAGAAAUUUAGAGAAAUGGAUGCCUGGUAAUGAAUGGUAGGGAACUUGCAGCAAUGUAUAUUCAACCUAGUCUAUAAAUCCAAGUGGACAUGCUCUUAUAUCAAGAUUAACAAGUUAUGAAAGAAUAAUUUCACUGGUAUACUAGGUAACCGGCGCUUAAUUGAUCAAAGGCUUCAAUCAAAGCUCCUUUCUUUACAGUAUACCAAUCAAUACCU